AAUCCGUAUCAGCAAUAGAUGAAUUCCUUUUGUCUAUUCAUGAUAAAAUUAUUUUGCUAACACAUGAUAGUACAAUUCUACCAAAUGAUUACUGUGUUACUUUUAAAGCACACAGAGAAUCAGGCUCUAGAACUCAAUUGAUCGAUGAACAAGAUUUUGUCAAGUUUAAGGCUGAAUACGUUAAAUUAACUGUGAAAAAAAAUGAUAUUAGAAUUUAUAUAACAGUUACACCAUCUCAAAAUAAGCAAAAAAAAAAGAAAUUGAAUUUAAGCGAAGAUGAAGAAGAUACUGAAAGAUCAAAUAAUUACAAAAAAGCCAAAAAAAUCAAUCGAAUUCCAAAUGCUGAAUCUUUAUCUCUACAUGAAAAAAGCAUUGCCGAAAAUGGAUUGGCUACAAUCGAUGAUCUCCUAACACAUCCUCUUUUUUCUCAUAAUAAUGUAUUAUCAAAAAGAAAACAAUCUUCAAGAUUACCAUAUUCACAUUCACAAGAACUUCUAGAGAAAUCACCACAAACGCAAAAAUUCUUAGUUUUAUCAUUGCCACUAUUAUCACAAGUACAACUACCGCAACAAUCAUCAUCACCAUUAUUACCAUCACAUGGCAAUUGGGUUUAUGGAUCUCAAAUGCUUCAAUCAUAUCAACCUUUAUUAUCAGCUCUGUAUAACCCAUAUCAAACAUUAUCACAUAUUUCUCUACAGCCUCAAGUUAUCCGAUCUAAUUCAAAUAUUUCUUUAACUAUACCUACUAUGAUAGAGUUCUUAAAAGAAAUUGAUGAGAAUGAAGGAACUGGUCAUCAUUACCAAGAUUUCUUAAGCAAAUUUGAAAAACAAAAAGUCUUAGUGAAGCAUUUACGAAGAUUAACAGAUAAAGAUUUUGAACUAUGCAAUAUAAAAACUAUUAGUGAACGUGAAACUUUACGUGAAUAUGCUGAAAAAUAUCAACCAAUUAUCUAA